AUGAGCAACGUUCAAGUUCCCAAGGCCGAGGACCUCUGGAAGGGCGACAAGCCCGUCUUCGACCCGAGCAAGGUCACCGUCGUCUUCGUCCUGGGCGGACCUGGAGCUGGCAAGGGAACGCAGUGCGCGCUCAUGGUCAAGGACUACGGCUUCGUCCACCUCAGUGCCGGCGACCUUCUCCGCGCUGAGCAGGAGCGUCCUGGAUCUCAGUACGGCGACCUGAUCAGGCAUUACAUCAAGGAGGGCCUCAUCGUCCCCAUGGAGAUCACGAUCAAGCUCCUUGAGAACGCUAUGGCCGACGCCAUGGCUAACCCUCCCAAGCUCACGGACCCCAAGCUGGAGGCCGGAUGGGAGAACGGCAAGGGCCGAUUCCUUAUCGACGGCUUCCCCCGCAAGAUGGACCAGGCCCUCAUGUUCGAUAAGGUUGUCUGUCCCUCGGCCUUUGUCCUCUUCAUCAACACCGACGAGGACAAGAUGACCCAGCGCAUCAUUGAGCGCUCCAAGACCUCGGGCCGCGACGACGACAACCUCGAGUCGCUCAAGAAGCGCUUCAAGACCUUCCGCGAGACCUCAAUGCCCGUCGUCGACAUGUACCGCAAGGAGGGCAAGGUCGCCGACAUUGACUCGAGCGUUCCCAUCCCCCAGGUCUACGAGCAGGUCAAGGCGGCGCUUAACAAGCACCUCUCCUUCUAA